CCUGGGUCCGCAGCCGCCGCCUCCUCUCCCGGCCCAUGUAUUUUUAAUGAGCUCCCCAGGCUUCUGCAGCGGGCAGGACGCAGAAAGGCAUGCCCAGGCCCAGGCCUGUGGCCCCAGCCCUGCCCAGAGCCCUGGCCCCCCUACCCUUCUGGGCAUGAGAGGGUGGCCCUGGGGCCCUGAAGCCCCCUGGCCGGGCAGGGCUCUCCAUGCAGCUCUUCCUGAAGAUGGAUUCAAGCCCAGACAAUGACAGCUGGUUGGAGGAUCAGUGGGAGCACUGGCUCACCCAUGACAUCAGCCUGGAGGAGUUUGAGGAUGAAGACCUCUCAGAGAUCACGGAUGAGUGCGGCAUCAGUCUGCAGUGCAAAGACACCCUGUCCUUACGGGUAAGGUGGGUUCCCAGGAGCCCAAGUGGGGUGGCAGAAUGGGUAGGGAUAAGAUUGAGGGCAUCCCCAAAUCUACAAAGGGGCUUUCAGGGUCUGUACGGCACCCUCAUUAAAGAUUCUGACACGCUGAAUAAUAAUUCUCUGGGCAAGAAGCACAGUUGGCAGGAUCGGGUGUCUCGAUCAUCCUCACCCCUGAAGACAGGGGAGCAGACACCGCCACACGAACACAUCUGCCUGAGCGAUGAGCUGCCCCCCCAGAGCAGCCCCGCCCCCACCACAGACCGAGGCACCUCCACCGACAGCCCUUGCCGCCGCAGUGCUGCCACCCAGAUGGCACCUCCCAGUGGCCCUCAGGCUGCCCCACCUGGUGGCCGGGGCCACUCGCAUCGGGACCGCAUCCACUACCAGGCGGAUGUGCGGCUAGAGGCCACCGAGGAGAUCUACCUGACACCAGUACAGAGGCCCCCAGACCCUGCAGAGCCCACCUCCGCCUUCUUGCCGCCAGCUGAGAGCCGGAUGUCAGUCAGCUCUGAUCCAGAUCCUGCCACCUACCCCUCAGUGGCAGGGCGGCCACAUCCCUCCAUCAGUGAGGAGGAUGAGGGCUUCGACUGCUUGUCCUCCCCAGAGCGGGCUGAGCCACUAGGAGGGUGGCGGGGGAGCCUGGGGGAGCCUCCGCCNCCACCACACACAUUGGCCAUCGCCACCGACACGCUGAAUAAUAAUUCUCUGGGCAAGAAGCACAGUUGGCAGGAUCGGGUGUCUCGAUCAUCCUCACCCCUGAAGACAGGGGAGCAGACACCGCCACACGAACACAUCUGCCUGAGCGAUGAGCUGCCCCCCCAGAGCAGCCCCGCCCCCACCACAGACCGAGGCACCUCCACCGACAGCCCUUGCCGCCGCAGUGCUGCCACCCAGAUGGCACCUCCCAGUGGCCCUCAGGCUGCCCCACCUGGUGGCCGGGGCCACUCGCAUCGGGACCGCAUCCACUACCAGGCGGAUGUGCGGCUAGAGGCCACCGAGGAGAUCUACCUGACACCAGUACAGAGGCCCCCAGACCCUGCAGAGCCCACCUCCGCCUUCUUGCCGCCAGCUGAGAGCCGGAUGUCAGUCAGCUCUGAUCCAGAUCCUGCCACCUACCCCUCAGUGGCAGGGCGGCCACAUCCCUCCAUCAGUGAGGAGGAUGAGGGCUUCGACUGCUUGUCCUCCCCAGAGCGGGCUGAGCCACUAGGAGGGUGGCGGGGGAGCCUGGGGGAGCCUCCGCCGCCCCCACGGGCCUCGCUGAGCUCGGACACCAGCGCGCUGUCCUACGACUCAGUCAAGUACACGCUGGUGGUGGAUGAGCAUGCUCAGCUGGAGCUGGUGAGCCUGCGGCCGUGCUUCGGAGACUACAGUGACGAGAGUGACUCGGCCACUGUCUAUGACAACUGCGCCUCUGUCUCCUCACCCUACGAGUCAGCCAUCGGGGAAGAAUAUGAGGAGGCGCCCCGGCCACGGCCCUCUGCCUGCCUCUCCGAGGACUCCACGCCCGACGAACCCGACGUCCACUUCUCCAAGAAGUUCCUGAACGUCUUCAUGAGUGGCCGCUCUCGCUCCUCCAGUGCAGAGUCCUUUGGGCUCUUCUCCUGUGUCAUCAACGGGGAGGAGCAGGAGCAGACCCACCGGGCCAUAUUCAGGUUUGUGCCUCGACAUGAAGACGAACUUGAGCUGGAAGUGGAUGACCCUCUGCUGGUGGAGCUGCAGGCUGAGGACUACUGGUAUGAGGCCUACAAUAUGCGCACAGGGGCCCGGGGCAUCUUUCCUGCCUACUAUGCCAUCGAGGUCACCAAGGAGCCUGAACAUAUGGCAGCCUUGACCAAAAACAGCGACUGGGUGGACCAGUUUCGGGUGAAGUUCCUGGGCUCAGUCCAGGUUCCCUACCACAAAGGCAAUGACGUCCUCUGUGCCGCUAUGCAAAAGAUCGCCACCACCCGCCGGCUCACCGUGCACUUUAACCCGCCCUCCAGCUGCGUCCUAGAGAUCAGUGUGAGGGGUGUGAAGAUAGGCGUCAAGGCUGAUGACUCCCAGGAGGCCAAGGGGAAUAAAUGUAGCCACUUUUUCCAGUUAAAAAAUAUAUCUUUCUGUGGAUACCAUCCAAAGAACAACAAGUACUUUGGGUUUAUCACUAAGCACCCUGCUGACCACCGGUUUGCCUGCCAUGUCUUUGUGUCUGAAGAAUCCACCAAAGCCUUGGCAGAAUCUGUGGGGAGAGCCUUUCAGCAGUUCUACAAGCAGUUUGUGGAGUACACCUGCCCCACAGAAGACAUCUACCUGGAGUAGCAGCGCUGCCCUGCCCUCUGCAUCCCCCGGCCCUCGGGCCAGUGCCAGGACAGCUGGCUGCUGAUGGGACAUGGCACUUCUUGAGGAGGGGCACCUGCCAUCGCCAGAGGGUGGGGAAGUGGAAGCUGUUG